AUGCAUACCUCGAUCUAUCCCUCCCGCUUCCUCGCGCUCUCCCUCUUCAUCGUCUUCCCUCUCUACCUCGCCAUCCGUGGUUCUUCUUCCCUAUCUGACGUCGCUGUUGUCCUCUCCUCCCUAUCCUCGCGCGCCGAAGCUCUUCACAUCUCGCUCACUUCACCCAUUGCUGCCACUCCCGCGCCAACCAACCAAACCGUUGAAUCUUCCGGCGAGCCCGCAGGGUCCAAAAGCGGGAAGCAACAUAGACAAUCCUCCCUUCCCAAUGGACUGGCCCACGCCAUCACCUCCUUCGAGCAAUACCCCCUCCUCGCCGAGCGCGCGCUACACCGCAAGCACACACGGUACUCUAAGCAGACAUCCGCGCAGAAGGCCAUCAGCAACAAGCUCGGCUAUCCCACACACUUCGAGAAGGCCAGGCAGGGGAUCGAUGCCAACGCCCGGUUCACGGAACAGAUCGCUCAGAUCGCGAGGGCGCAUUACCACACCGGACCCCAGGCACUGGGGGACGAUGAAGACGCCGAGUUCGGUCUUGUAGACCUGGCUUUUGGACAUCUCUCGCGAGACUGGAGCCCACAGGGCGUCAAGGAGAGACUGGCGGUCUUCCCGCCUGUUCUGGCUGGGCUUCAGGAACACUUUGGCGAGCAUGGGAACGGGAAAAAUGUACUUGUGCCUGGAAGCGGCAUGGGCAGGCUGGCGAGCGACAUUGCUGAUUUAGGAUACAACGUCACAGCCAACGAGCUAGACUACGGGUCCAUCCUCGCCUACCACCUCCUCACGAACCACACGACCUCCCUCCACCAGUACACUUUGCACCCCUUCGUGACCAAAUGGACUCAUCAGGCCAACCCCUCCUCGCGCUACUCCGCCGUGACGGUACCGGACCACUGGCCAAACAAGACCGUCAAGCUCGUCGAAGGCGACUUCUUAGACAUGUUCCCCGAGGACGGCCAAUUCGACGCCGUCGUCACGCUGUUCUUCAUCGACAUCUCCAACAACGUGAUCGACUUCCUGAGCAACAUUCAUCGGCUGCUGAAGCCUGGCGGGGUUUGGGUCAACCUAGGACCGCUGAAAUGGGGCACCCACACCGCUCUCCAGCUCUCCGCGGAGGAAGUCCUCCAGCUAGCAGAUCUGCUUGGCUUCGACGUAGAUCAUACAUCGCGAAAGAGCGUCGACAGCCUGUAUGCUGAUCAGCCGGACACGUUGCUCAAGUUCACAUAUGUAACGCAAUUCUGGACGGCGACCAAGAGGGUGUAA